AUGUCGGACUCGGAUGUGUCCCAGCUACUCGACUCGAUAUCACAUAGGCUCAUAACAAACACUAGCCUUGUCCACGCGCCCAAGAAGCCUCAAGAUGCGCAACUGACGGCAACCAUUGCAGACCUGCAUGUCCACCCCACAAUCGAAGCUCUCCUACAUAUUCUGAACCACGACCUGUCAUCUGCACACUUUCUCGUUCGACACAUGCAAGCCCCGCCAGCUGUGGAGGGGAUGCUUCUCCAUGGCAUCCUGCACCGUGCCGAAGGCGACUUUAACAACGCACGGGCAUGGAUAAGCGACGUCUCGGACGCGUGUGAAGGUUACCAACCCAAACACAAGGACGAAGGCCAGAAACUAGAUCCCGAAGUUGCCAAACAAGUCGGCAGCAACUUGCAGAUAUCUGGUUCACUUGUCAAGUUCGUUUAUGGUGACGAAGAUGCUGGAAGUCUUAUCGAUGCUGUCGAGGCUUUUCGAAAAGAAAAGCAGGCACAGAGGAGGGAGGAGGAAGAGAAGGGGAUUGAGCGGAGGAUUAGAGAAGAGGCGGAGAAAGUGCUGGAGUGGUGUAGGAGCAAGUUUGGGAGUGGGGUGUGGCGGGAUGCGACAAGGGCUUGGGUGAAGAAUAGUGAGGAGAUUAGUAAGAUUAGUGGGAGUAUGGUGAGUGGUGGGAAGGGGUAUAGGGACUUUUGA